CUGGUACACUCACUGUCGCUUCCCCCAGCUUAGUCAGUACUUAGACAUACCUUACACCCAUAUAAACUGGAACAUUUUCCAGCCUCGAAAACUCCCUGCAAUGAACCAUGUCCUCAACAACUGGACUCAGUCGAACACGCUCGGUUCGAAAUACGGCAGCCAAUGGUAAUGAUUCGACAAGUAAGCCCGCCGUGGGCCGCAAUGAUGCGAGGAACGCGUCGCCAAGUCGGUUACCUAUGAGGCCCCCAACCACGCGAUCAACCACCUCCUCGACGACCGCUUCGUCUUCAACAACCUUGACACGCGCGAGAGCACCUACCAGCUCAACCUCAAGGCAGGUUUCUGGAGGCUCAUCUGCCAAAGCGCCAUCGAGGGCGACUGGUCCGACAACCUCAUCAAAUAAUAAGCCCGUCGUCAGAGCUCAGUCAGUCCGCCAGCCACCGUCCACGACAACGACGACGGCAUCCUCCGGUGGCAUAGGUCGAUCCAUUAGUACCGCUAGACCGAGAUCUUCAGCAGGUCUCCCCUCCAAAAAUCCUCCACGCGAGCGACAUCUGGGACAUUCUAGGGCAAAAUCGACUGUCACAUCCCUUACCUCCGCGACAACACUACGGCCAGUGUCUCGCGUUCCCUCGAGGUCGAAUCCGAGCCCAGCACCCUCUACCGCCUCAUCUACUAGCACAAGCACCCAGACGACGACAACGACGUCAACACGGACACAAACGCGCUCACAAACGCAACACGCACGCGUGGGCUCACAAUCAUCAACCACAGCCUCAACCCUCGCAGCACGACGGCCGGCAUUUAACACAAACCAACAACAUUACAGCCCCGCCAAAUCCUCUGCCCCGAAACCCUUAACAUCAACCUUCCUAGCACCGGCCUCACCAUCCAAGCAGCCAGUAAACGUCGCCUUAACAGCAGAAACAAGCCGUCUACAGACAGAGCUCCUCCAACUCUCCCUCUUACACCGCGAAGCCCACGCCGUCACAGAAUCCUGGCACGCCAGCGCCAGAUCCAAGCUCGGCGCGCGCUUCCAAAAGCUAGUAAUCGCAGACGAGGCACUGCGUGCCCUCGAGCGCGACGGUGCCGAAGAAAGGGGAAUACAGGACUUGAUUCGCUGGGGCGAAGCCGGUCCCAAUUCUCCGCAAAAAGGGUACAGAAGGAUAAGCAGCACAGGCGGUCUACCACUAGACGAGAAAAUCCGCCUCCUAGACCAAGUGCUGAACGGCGCCUGGGCCCUCGGUGAGCCAGGUGGCCGGUACCAGCGGACGGUGCGCGCCUUCGAGGACUGGACGCUCCGGGUCUCUGAGAUCCGCGCCGCGCAGCGGGGCGGGGAUCUAGAGGGCCUAUUGGCGCGCAGCGGCGGAAGAGAAGAAGACGUCGGGAUUUUUGUCAGCGAUUUAGAUGCCAGCGCGUGGAAGCGCGAUCACGCGGGUCUUGUGCGGGUGCUCGAGGGAUGGCGGAGGACGCUUGUUCAGCUCGGUGAUGUCGAGAGUGAAGAUGGGGGGGAAGGGAUUAGUAAGUCCCUUUCUGGCCUUGCACGCACGUUAAGGGGAUGCAAGAGCUUGGUACAUGAUAUGCUCGCCGAACUGCAGAUCAUGGAGCAGAUUGAGGCUGAUGCCCUCGCCGCUGAAGAGGAUUGGAUGGGGAAUAUGGAAGACCGGAUGAAUAGUGAGGGAGAAGCGGGUUCGCGGCGUAGGAGGACGGAGGAGGUGCCGCCUUGGAAAAUGCUGGCUUUGUAGAUGGGGUGCCGUGGAUGAAUGAUUGAACCUUGUUUACUGUUUUUGCGUUAGUAAGAAGGGUGUCAUGCGGCGUUGCAUAAUGCAUCUUGGUAACCCGGUUCUUUAGAUACGUUGUGUAUAUAUCAUGACUCAUGAUGCAAUGGAAGGCAGGCAAGCUACUGGAGCACAAGAUUGAAAUUACUAGAAUACCCUCACAGAUAGAGACGCGCGCGAAUCAUACUUCUUAAGUAGAUAAUGUUGUUUACGAAAGCUAGUA